AAUAGGCCAGUCGCUGAAUGCUUGGACUCCGCCGUACAUCAAGUCUUUCCCAGCGCACCGAAAAAUCAGCUGAAAAUCCUCGAUGCUGGAGCUGGGACAGGGCUGACAGGGUUCGAACUUCAUAAACUCGGCUACACUAAUAUUGACGCUCUAGAUAUCUCGCAAGAGAUGCUGAAGGUAGCUAAGGAGAAAGGCGUGUACAGGAGAUAUGUCUGCUGUUCUCUGACGGAAAAGAAGAUUGAUGAGUUUGAAACAGGCGAAUUUGAUGCUCUGAUUGCCACUGGUGUCCUAGUGAAAGCUCAUGUUCGUCCAGCGGCUUUUGUAGAAAUGAUUAGGAUGGUGAAGGCAGGUGAGUCUUGAUCCAGAACCACCCACCGUAAACAGUUGUCCCUUGCCAACGGAAGAAAUCAAUACCGCAGAUUGUUUUCGAUUGGUUUUGUCUAUGUCUUAGUCUGAAUAUUUGUACCCUAGCAGAAUCGACAGAAAGAGAGUGAAUAGAGAGGUUAACCAUCGCGUUUACGUCAAACGGCAAACGCGAAUUGACAUCAUGUGACCAAUUUCCCCUUUACUUGUCGUUUACUUUUCAUUAUUUCUAGAAAUAAAUUAGUAGUUUCACGUAAUUUUUUAUCCAUAAGAAUGGUCUUAAACUGUCUUUAUCUGCUCAUUUUAAUUCUAAAAUUCUCAAUUUUAAUCUGACUUUUGCCGUUUGCCGUAUCCCCGUGAAGCUUAAACUCUCUAUUGUCGACAAGCGCCGGAACGCUAGCUACCUACCUAAUUCUCCUUACGUGAUUGUAGUUCAGCGAGUAGAAAAUAUUCUAUCAGACAUUUACACCUUUUAAUCCGUUUUAGAGGCUACUAACAAAAAGGUUAACUUUUUGACAAACUCUCAUCUCAGGAUCUCAGGUGUAAUUCUAGCUAGCCUGUUGACAAGCUCUGUGGACACCAACCGGAAGGCCCUGUCGCCAGCGUAACUAGCAGUUUUUUUGGAGAGUGCGCGCGUGAAGGAGCGGGGAAUAGAGAAAAGACGCGAGGGAGCUUAAGCAAAGACGUUUUUGAGCUAUGAAAGUCAACCGGAACUGGAUGUUUUUCCUUGGACAAUGGCUUUGCCCAAAUUUUCGGGCAAGUCGUGCGAAAGAGUAAAGACUACACCUAGUUAUACAACGCUGGUGGUGUCUAGGCGAAAAGGCCUAACUUCCGGUUUGGGUGCGUCGCUCAAAAAAACGUUUGCAGAAGCUCCCCAAUCGCGGCUUCUACGCUCGUCCACGCUCGUGCUGCCCCAAGAACUGCCAACUACGCAGGCUAUAUUGCCCGUCUUUCUAAUUUAAAUAUGCCCCUACUAUGAGCUAAGUUGCAAAAUAUAAAAUACAAAUUGCUUCUUUAUACCAAGUCUAACGUUAUUUUUAUCGUUGAUAGGUGGACUCAUCUGCUUUACCCUUCGGUUCAGUGAGGUAGAUGACUACCAACCGAAGAUGACGGAGCUAGAGGAAGCUAGAAUAUGGGAAAAACUCUGCCACAAGAAGAUCCCUCAUUUUGACAAACCUGACAUGCCCAGUCACCUCUUCGGCUUCGUGUAUAAAGUUUUAAAGAAAUGAACUUUAAAUAGAUUAAGUAUAAUCAACUGAGUUGAUACUGAGCUUUAACAAUUAAGGUUUUAUUUAAGGGCUACUAGCGUGAGUAAUCACAAAAUUCUAAAGUUGUUCCUCUUACGCCACGUUGCUUCGGCACAGAUUACAUUAUCCUUCCUUGGCACAACGUAACUCAUGUACAUUGACUUGUGUGACUUCUCAAUUAUCACAGCAGCUGUGGCUAUAAUUCCGAAAUAAAUGAAGAGGUAUGGAAAAUCUCUGAAUUGAAGUUUUAAGGUGGCACCGCAUAGUUGGCCACUUACGAGAGGUGGUCGCACAGGGAGGUUCGACUUUAUUAUAAAUACCCUAUAGUAUUGCAUAGGGCUGCAAAAGGAACAAUGGAAAGUCGUUUUGCACUACCACUCCGCAGUUUUUCAAUCGAAUAUGCCCGAGAAAAGAAAAUAGCCAGGCCUGUUUCAAAACGCUUGAAAGCCUUGCUUACGACUUCUACGAUGGUUCAUUUAAGACAGGCUGCGUCUUUCUGGUUCAAUCUUUCACGUUUUAUCAGGAGCUCAUGGUUUCAGGUUCUGAACAUCCUCAUCCGCCGAGGGGAGGUACUCAACAAAAGUUUUUUACAGCUCCGGGAUCCCCGAGGUCCAUGCCCUUACCUAUUUAUACACCAUUUUCUUACAGAAAUUGUCAUAUGCAAUCGUCUCCCAUACUUUCAGUCCAUUGAAAUGUGGUACCUCCUUUACAUACCUACUAAUUGGAAGUCUCCUUAUCGACACUUUCUCCCAUGGGGAGCUACUCAAAGAAUUUUAUACUGGGAGGCUCCGCCCCUGAGGUCUAACCCUUUAUUGAAUUUUUAUACUAUACCAUUUGUGACAAGAAAAGGUCCCCUUUCUUAGCGCUCUCUUAAAAUAUGCUACUUUAUUCCUGCCCUAUCGUAGUCUCCUCCCAGCCGUUUUUGGAUGGACAUCCAAAAACGGCUUCGAGGGAGACUAGGGCUAUCGUAACGAAAUCGAAAAAUUUAAGUGUUUAUUAACGCUGUUUCUGUUUCAUUUUUGAAAACGAUACUUCCUUCACACAACUUCCUUCACACACUUACUCUUGGUUUGAGGUCUUCUUGUCAAGUAAAAAGAAUAAAAAUGAUACAGCCAUAAUGUGCACCUCUGAAAAUAUUAGUCAUAGGUCUUUAAAAAAAACCUAGACGACGAAGUUCUCUGCCCGUCAUAUACUGUGGGAUCCGUAUACUGACCUUCCUGGGUUGAACCUCCGAGUAUAAAAUAGAGCACCCCCCCCCCCUCACAGCCAGCCGAAAUAUUGAAAAAAAAAAAGGAAAAACAAUAUAAAAAACAAUUAUAGUUAAACCAGGAGCUGAUGAUUAAACUUCUCGAUUUUGCUGAUCAGAACGUUUUCGAUUAGGUGCCCCUGAACAGCGAGAUGUAAAGCGAAACGAGUCAGCAUCAUAAAAUAUACCGGGGUUCCCUAUUUUAAACCGGGUAGAGAUGAAAGUCAGGGUUUGAAGACCUCGGUUGCGCAUCGCUAUCUCUCUUCCCCCCUCUCCCCUGGGGGGUUAGGGUUGGAAUAGCUGUCGACCUAACAACUGCUAGCCAACAGUAACUUGAAGUGUCUCAAUAUUGUUUUCAAGUUCUUUUCAUACUGGCACGCUGACACUUUCGAGAAAGUAAAUCACCAAGCUGUCAGCAGUGAACCUAAAUUAAAUUAUAUUUCAAAAUUGCACAGCAUAAUGCAUGCAGCAGACAUCAUUUCAUUCAGUAAAUGCACUAUGGACUUUGUGUUCGGGGUUGUCACGAAAUCGCCUUGCGCGUGUCAUUUACCAACAAAAAUCACGCAAUAUCUAGUCACGCUUUGAUUGAGAAUUCAUUUUUUUGUCGAUUUCGGAAUUGCAUUUUAAUGUCUUUGGUGUAUUAGAAACAAAAUACUUAUUUCACAUUUGUGUCGUAGCGCUGCGCUCUUUUUUUUAUUGGGAUACUCAACAGUAGCAUCUGUGGAGGAGAGAGUUUCUUGCGAAUGAAAAAUUUCGACCGUGAAAAUGUGUAGGAUUUGAUUCCGUUUUGUUCGUUAUUGUUUUCCUUUUCCGCCCUCCGCUAGGGACGAAACGUCCAUAGCGGCGCGGCUUGACAGAAAUUUGUUUAUGAUUUUGUAUUAUUUUAUGUUGCCUCUAUCACCCCUCCCUCUAAGCACCAGAAAGACCACACGUGCAAAUAAAAACAGCACGUUUACGGAAUCGGCGAUUAUAUAUUCAGAGAGCACCAGAUCCGAAAAACAAUUACAUACUCGCCGAUCGAGAUAGGCUGAAAUCGUCCAGAAAAGCGGGGAAACGUCGAUUAAACUAGAGGAUACAUCAGUGCAAGACAGUAAGUUUAAUUAUAUACUCUGAAGUGUUAGCUUUGACGUUUUUCAUGAAUAUUAAAGCUUUAUUCUCGUCGUUUUGAUACAAUAAUAUUCAAACCUGUUAUGUUGUAGCACAGUUGUAGGCCCAAAUUUAAUUUUUUUUUUCUCCGAAUUUCAAUAUCUCGGAGAAAUGUGAAGUGUAGAAUCAAGUCAAAAAGCCUAAAAGUGCUCAGUAGCUUGAAAACUAGAGUUUAGUCCUUUCCGAUUCUUGUGUACUGUACAAAACAUAACUUCCUCAGGCCUCUAGCGAUUAUUUUUCGUGAUUAAUUUACAGUCGUAACUUACUGUGUACCGGUUAAUAGAUUUAUCGUAAGCCAAGUACAAAUAACUAUUCAAAUUUGGGUAGAAAAAAAAAUUGUUUUCUGCGAUGUGCUUUGCACCUGAAAGGACCUUGGAGCUUGCCAAGCGGAAAAUUACUUGAAUUGCACGUGCUGUGAUUUUACUUCAUUCUUGUAAUUUUACGACAGUAGAAUUCUAUGUUUAUGUAAUCCCUUUCACUUUCAUGUGAUAUUAUAUACAUAAGAAUUCAAUCUCUGUCUGUGCCAAUCUGCAAGGUUUAGCUGCGGUCUCUACGUAAGGUAUUUAUAAUCUUAACAUUGCUGGUUUGUCUACUUUUUUUUGCUAUGCAAAUCACGUUUUGAUGACAACCGAGUGGUUUAGAGACAAACACAUUUUGAAGUCUUUGGAUGGGGUUUAAUUGAAAGCUGAGAAUUAACCAAAAUUUUAUUUGUCCUCCCAGGGAUUCUUUUUCUUCUUUCGUGGUUGUUUUUGCUGUUUUCUUGGGUUUUAUUUUUUCUUAGAUCUAAAAACAUAGCUGACGGUUGACACCCGGGAGUUCGAAGCGUAGUUACUAAAACCCGGAACGACCCACAACGAUCCACAACGAUCCACAACGACCCACAACGAUCCCACAACGACCCACAACGAUCCACAACGAUCCCACAACGACCGAGGACGAUCUCAAAACGACCCACAACGAUCCCACAACGAAAGAAACCACCCAAGAAAAAAAUAUCA